AAAGCUGGAGUUGUUGCUCUGAGUGGUGAACAUGUGCUAAAGGGGGUGAAUGGCUAAGUUUUCUUUUUAUCCAAUAAAAAUGUCUCCUUGCCAGAUCGAUUGUUGUUGCUAGGAGACUGAAGCAUCCUUUGGCAAGGGGCUACAGCUCUCCACGUCUGUUGUUUCCCUCCACCUCUCUUCCCCUCUCUCUCUCUCUCUCUCUCUUUCUCUCCUUCUCAGUCACUCUCUCCUCUCACACAUGCACGCGCGCGUUCACACACGUACACACCCACAUGCACAUCCACGGAGCUGGCGCGCAGAGCUGUGGCGCCCAUCCUCUCCUCUCAGUGCGACUCCUCCGAGGGAUCCGGAGUAGACUAAGUCAAACUUCCAGCAGCUGAAGAUUCGUGCGCAACAUCUGAAUGAGCCAAGUCGUCAAGGAGAUGGAAACAUGGGAUCCAGCCUCAGUGGAUCCAAGAGGAGUCUAAUACACUAGUAACACAGGUGUCUAUAGUGAUGUUGACAUGUGCCAGCUGCCAUCUGCUCCUACCAUUCUUUAUUCAGGACUGAAGUCCAGAUGUUGUGCCCCUCCAUGAGUGAUCCAAUCCAGCUCUCCCUGACCGUUUCAUGGACAACAGACAGACCCAAGCAUCCACGACCACUGCUUGACUCAACCCCACCUUGCACUGAAGACCACACCCAUAACCCCUCACCCCUAAUAGUCGCCCUCAGCCCUCCACCUCCACCUGUCCUGCUCUCUCUCAAGCCUCUACUCACAUUUUGACAAUCCCAGCCCUCCCUGAGCCCAACAUGAUGGUCCACAUUCCCGUUCUACUCCUAGUCAUGAUGAUGUGUCGAGGCGUCCUGCUUUCUAUCGGAGACCAACUGCAGUCCCGCCGGGAGAUCCGCAUUGAGGGGGACCUGGUACUGGGAGGCCUGUUCCCGGUGCAUGAGAAGGGUGCCGGCAUGGAGGAGUGUGGUCGUGUGAAUGAGGACAGAGGGAUCCAGAGGCUUGAGGCAAUGCUGUUUGCCAUAGACAGAAUCAAUAUGGACAGCUACCUGCUGCCUGGGAUCACUCUGGGGGUCCACAUACUGGACACCUGCUCCAGAGAUACCUAUGCACUGGAGCAGGCUCUGGAGUUUGUAAGAGCCUCCCUCACCAAAGUAGACGACACAGAGUUCAUCUGUCCAGACGGAUCUUACGCUCUGCAAGAAGACAGCCCGCUUGCAAUUGCUGGAGUCAUAGGUGGUUCCUUCAGCAGUGUUUCUAUACAGGUUGCCAAUCUUCUCAGGCUCUUCCAGAUUCCUCAAAUAAGCUAUGCUUCAACCAGUGCCAAAUUAAGUGAUAAGACACGCUACGAUUACUUUGCCCGCACAGUGCCCCCUGACUUCUACCAAGCCAAAGCCAUGGCAGAGAUCCUCCGCUUCUUCAAUUGGACAUACGUGUCCACUGUUGCGUCAGAGGGUGACUACGGUGAAACCGGUAUAGAGGCCUUUGAACAAGAGGCCCGCAUGAGGAACAUCUGCAUUGCUACUUCAGAGAAGGUGGGCCGUUCUAAUGCUAAGAAAUCCUAUGAAGCUGUUAUCCGUCAGCUUCUCCAGAAGCCAAAUGCCCGUGUGGCUGUCCUCUUCCUGCGAAGCGAUGAUGCCAGAGAGCUGCUGGCAGCUGCUGCCAGGCUUAACACCUCCUUCAUCUGGGUGGCAAGCGAUGGCUGGGGUGCACAGGAAAGCAUUGUCAAGGGAAACGAGGUCACUGCUGAAGGAGCCAUCACACUUGAAUUGUCAGCCAAUCCAGUGCCAGAAUUCAAUCAGUACUUCCUCGGCCUGAACCCUGUCAAAAACCAUCGUAAUCCUUGGUACCGGGAAUUCUGGGAGCAACGAUUCCAGUGCUCUUUGGGAGGUGGGGGAGCAAGUGGUGAAGGAGGAGAGAUGCCUCUCCCACCGUGCGACAAAGACUUGUCAAUGGACAAGAGCAACUUCGAACCAGAGUCCAAGAUCAUGUUCGUGGUGAAUGCAGUGUACGCCAUUGCCAUUGCCCUCCAUCAUAUGCAGCAGAGCGUGUGCAUCAACCCUACCACAUUUUGCGACAGCAUGAAGGCAUUAGAUGGGCGCAGACUCUACAGGGAUUACAUCCUUAAUGUCAGCUUCACAGCACCUUUCGCUCCUCCAGGCGUUGAGACACUGGUGAAGUUUGAUUCCCAGGGGGACGGCAUUGGCCGAUACAAUAUCUUCAGCUACCAGCGCUCUGCUGAUCGUUACGGUUACGUGCCAGUAGGAGAAUGGGCAGAGAGUCUAAGCCUGAGCAACGAUCUGAUUCAUUGGCCCAGAGAAGUGGUACCCACCUCGCAGUGCAGCGACCCCUGUGAACGCAAUGAGAUGAAGAAAAUGCAGGCAGGCGAGUACUGCUGCUGGAUCUGCACAGCCUGUGAGCCUCAUGAAUACCUGGCAGAUGAGUUCACCUGCUCGCCCUGCGCUCCUGGUCAGUGGCCCACUGACGAUCUGACGUCCUGUUAUGACCUUCCUGAGGACUACAUAAUGUGGGAAGAUGCCUGGGCCAUUGGUCCAAUAACCAUUGCGUGUGUAGGGUUCAUGUGCACUGGCCUGGUGUUCUGGGUGUUUAUCAGACACAACCACACACCGCUGGUGAAAGCGUCUGGUAGAGAACUAUGUUACAUCCUUCUCUCGGGAGUCUUCAUGUCCUACGCCAUGACUUUCCUUUUCUUGGCUAAGCCCUCUCCUGCCAUCUGUGCCCUUCGGCGCCUCGGUCUGGGCACAUCAUUUGCUGUCUGCUACUCCGCCCUCCUUACCAAAACUAACAGAAUCGCCAGGAUAUUUAAUGGCGUAAAAGAUGGAGCGGGAGCAGUCAGGCCACGCUUCAUUAGCCCAUCCUCUCAGGUGUUUAUCUGUCUAAGUUUGAUUUCAGUCCAGUUGGUAAUGGUGUCCGUGUGGCUGCUUCUGGAAGUUCCCGGGACACGGCGCUUCACCUUGCCAGAGCGGCGACAGACUGUCAUUCUUAAGUGCAACGUGCGAGACUCCAGCAUGCUCUUAUCCCUGGGAUAUGACGUGCUCCUGGUCAUCCUGUGUACUGUGUAUGCCUUCAAGACCAGAAAGUGCCCUGAGAACUUCAACGAGGCCAAGUUUAUCGGAUUCACCAUGUACACCACCUGUAUCAUUUGGCUGGCAUUUCUUCCCAUCUUCUAUGUCACAUCCAGUGACUACAGGGUUCAAACAACUACCAUGUGUAUCUCUGUCAGCCUGAGUGGCUUUGUGGUUCUGGGCUGUAUGUUUGCUCCGAAGGUCCAUAUCAUCAUGUUUCAGCCGCAGAAGAAUGUGACAAGCCACAGGCUUAACCUCAAUCGUUUCAGUGUCAGUGGGGCUGCCACGUCGUACGCAUCCCACGCUUCGGUCAGUGCCCAACACGUCCCAACUGUGUGUAACGGGAGAGAAAUCGUUGACUCCACCACGUCUUCCCUGUGACCACAUCUUGUCCAUCCUCUGAAUCUGCCCCUGCGACUGUUAGCCAAUCCAUGAACAUUCCCCCCCUCCUGUGCCAACCAUCCUUCUCUUCCUUAUACAAAUACUGUAUACACGCACACACAUUUACACAUGUACACACAAAUACACGCACAAACAAACAAACAAACAAACAAACAAUCUUUCUUGUGGACUAGAACUGUAUUGUUUCAUAAAUGUAGAAAGUGUGUAACUAAAAUUAAAUUAUUUUCUAGGGAUGUACAUACAUGGAAUCGACAUUGUUGUAAGUAGAGAAACAAAAGAACAAAAAAAGUUUUUAGGAGGAAUUUUUGGAGCCUUUGUUUUUGAUAGCUUUGUUAUGAUGCCAUGUAAAUAGACAUGCGCUUAAUCAUGGUAGGAGGGUGUGUAUCCCUCAGUCUGGAUGCACAUUUGUGGCUCUGCUUACCUCACCUGCAAUAUCUCACAGACUUUUUAUUCUCAAGCUUUUUUGUAGAUCUCAUUGUAAUAACCAAUUAUGUAUGCAUUUCUAUUGUGUAUCUGUACAUUUGUAUAUUCUACUACUGAUGGUUCAAAGAGCACAAUGUUGACAGUCAUGUAACCCGAGAGUGAAUGUGGACAAAGGGAUCAAAAUGGACAGUACGAGAUGGCUGGAACGGACAUGUACAGAAAUCAAUGAAACUCAUCAACUUGCAGCGACACGGUGCCAGAGCGCAGUUUCCAGCUUGGGAAGAACUCAUCUCUUUAAAAAGUUAUGCUUUGCACCCUAGAUCCAUAUAAAGAACCUUUUGUGGCUGUUCUCGCAGGAAAAUGUUUUUUGCUUUUGAUACAAAUGGCUAUGUUUCUAUUUCUGAGUAUUGAAUCCCUUUAUCUAAAUGGCCAUAGUUCCAGACAUGUGUUCAGAAAAACACCAGUAUGUUCACUCCCACUCUCAAACUGUUGUUCAUUUAGAGGAGUGUUGUGAAAAAUAGCUGAUGAUACGUAAUAGCACAGUGGAAAAAAAGUACAACAAACUUCCUUUGCCUCAAAACCGUCAGUACACAAAACUAAACAGUAAUCAUGAACGACAAGGACACUAAUGGAGGGAAACUGUCUGCUUGUCUGGACACAUGUUGAUUUUUUCCAACUACAGGGGAGAGGUAGCUUCUGUUUUUGUUCCCCGGUGUUACAGCAUGUGGUGAAGUUUUGAAUAUGGCUAUGUGCCUUAACGUAUGUUUGGUAGUGCUGCAGGAAGAGACUGUAAGAGGUGUUUUUUUUUUGUUAAUACCAGCUGGUAAAUGUCAAAGUGAGCCCAGUAUAGAGUACAUGUUUCAGGGCAAAAACAGUGUCUACCAUUGUUAAUCCCUACAAGCCUUCUGCCAUUGAUUGUGUAUCAGAAGUGUUCCAACAGUCAGAGCAGUCCUUACACUGAAAGAACUUUCUCCAUCCCCCUUCUUUCUUUAGUUUGUGAAGAAACAAACAUCCAUCAUACUCAUUCAACUUUAUGUUUUUUUACAGCUAGGUGGCACUAAUAAAAGAAGGAAGGGGAAGAGAAGCUCAUAUACUAUAAUGAUAGAGUUAUUGAUUCGUCAGCUUAUUGAAGUGUGCAGUUUACAUGUCUGUGUUAAAUGUGUUGACGUGGAGAGGCAAAGUGGAGCAGCUGGCUUUGGCUGUCAGUCCCAGAGAGGCUCACGAGAGGAGGCAGAGUACACAAUGUCAGCGGCUGGCAGAUCCCAUCUCAAAACAGGCUGUUGGCAGUAAAACUAAUAUGCAUAACAUACAUAACAUUUAGCAAAAUAUCAAAGUUCUGUUUGUGGUUGGAAAAAAAAUGACAACCUCUACUAAAGUGGGAGGACAAAUGACAGAAAAAGCAUAUGAAUGAAAGUUUUUAUAAGACAAUCUAAAUAGACUUAUUUUGUCAACUAAUUUAGAAUAUUACAGCAGAUUUUAAAGAGAGAGGCCUGCCAUGCAAUACAAACAGAGGGGUAUUAAAUCAUUAAUAAACUGAUCUUAAAUGGUUUUAUAUGCUGUAUCAAAUAAAGUGUCACUGUCAAGCAAUAUUUUGGACAAAAUAUGUGAGCAGAAUCCUUUAUUUCUACCCCAGACAAGCCUUUUAAAUCGACUUUCUUUUUGUUAAGGGUCAUACAGUGGGAACCGAUUCACACCUCUCCAGCAGAACCCCAUGGUAAUCACACUGAAUAUGAGAUUGAAGGAAUUUUUAGAGGAUGAGCCAAGACGAGCCGACCUACAUCGAGGUGUGUGUGUGUUAGGUGCAGGGAGCAGGAGUGAGCGGUGUGGCAGAGCAGAGGGGAGCUGAUGCUACUGCUGGAUUAUGUAAAGCACUCCCACAGCCCAGAAGUCGCAGCGCCGCUACGAAAAGCUCAAAAGCAUUUCUGAGAUUCGCAGUCUUUGUUAGCAGAAGGCUUAGCCAUUCACUCUGUGGUCCUGCUCCCACAAGAUACACCCCGCAUGGCAGGUUGCUAUGGACAACCACUGGCACAUCCGCUGCCGGAAUGUCUGUUUGUCUGCAUGGAGAGGAGAGGAGGGGGGGGGUUGGUGAAGAGGGAGGAAGGAGUGGUGAUGAAGAAGAGGAGGGAUAGAAAGAAGAAGAACGGGUUGCUGGUUAGGAUUCAAAUUGGCACUGAUUGAUGAGAUUUGGAAGGCUCAGUGCUCUACUCCCAGCUUUUUAAUGCUCACACAAAUAGAGCACUUAACCUUGAUUCUGGUCUCAUUUAGUUCAGGGACUAGUCUCAGACAAAAGUCUCACACCCCUUCUUCCGACCCUCUCUCUCUUAGUCCACCUCUCCAACCUCUCCCUCGCCUGGUCUCAACUGUAUGUGUGAAACUGGCGGCUGAGUCGCUCUCAGCCAAGACCACCUUAGCCAGACAAACAGGUUGGUUUGGCACCCUUCAACUGAGGCAGCAAGAUGUGGAUGCGCACUGCAGAACAUGCCAACUGGGAGACUUUAAGGAGGCUGAUGGAGAUGGAUAAAAAAGGGUUAGGGAGUGUAUGAGAACAUGAAACCCUCAGCUUGUCGUCCCAUGUACAUGCUAACUUUCACUGUGGCUUUCUUAAUUGGCUUCAUUCAAGAAUAUCCCUUUCAAAGAGCAAACUACUGACAUUGUUCCUCUAUUCAGCCUCUGCCAAAUGCCAUGUGCUCUACAAUGUUCUCUGUGCUGCUGUAGCCCCUUUCUAGACUGCAGAAUGAGUCUUCAGCCUCUGUAGGUUUUGAAACAAGACAGGAGCUCUGUGAGGAAAUAAAGCCUAGGUCAAGGUGAUCCCUGGAGCUUGUCAAUAGCAGAGCAAUAGUUUGGCGUUUCUGAUAGGUGCAAUAACAAGGCUGUGAUGACAUCAUAAUAAAUAACAACGAGCAAGCAGCUAGUGUCUGUGAUCCUCUGUGUUUACUCUAAAAACUAUUUCAGUGUGUCUGCGUGUGUGUGUCAGCGAGUCUAUAAAAUCUCAAAGAUCAUUGCUGGUGUGGAUAGAUAUGUCUCUUCAGUCAUAUUACCAGCCUCUUGCCACCGCUUUUACCCACACACGCACAAGCACACACACACACAAACAAACACACACACACAAACACACACACACACACACACACACACACACACACUCAACCAACCACACACACAGGCUCUAUUCAUAGUGUGUGCUGGCAAAUGUUGAAAGAUGCCUCUAACACUCCUGCCUAAUCUGUUCCCUAAGUGAUGGCACUCCAAUUAAACCAUUUACUGAAGUGCUCCCUGCCUUAGGACAAUGAAAUCCAGUGUGUAGACUUGUUCGUCUCAGACAAGAAAGAGUGGAAGAAAAUACUCU